AUGGGAGCAACCUUGGUAAUGGUGGUAAGCCUUGUCAUUGUUCUUGGCCUCAUUCUAGUGCUACUUGCUGAACUCUAUUGUUCUCUCUUACUCCGCCGCCGCCAGCUCAGGAAAAAAACCAACACCAUUCCCAUCUCCACCACUCAAACCACCACAACCAUACCAAAUUCUUCCCCUUCAAACACACCACAACACUCUCCUUCUCCUCCUCCUCCUCCUCCUCCUCCCUUUAGCAAUGUUUACUCACAAGGGGUCCUCCAAGCCCCAAGAAGCUUCCUUUUCCCUUGCAAAGAUGAACCAAAUGCAACCCCACGUGGCAUUGGACUUGUUUCUGUCUCAUCAUCUCCACUAGCAUCAUUCUUGGCAAGGGCUCCACCACAGUCUCUUCUUCAAGUUGGUGCUAGUGACAAUGAAAGUCCAUGUGUUGAUAAUAACAAGUACUCUUGUGGUGGUGUGGAGCAGCACCUUGUGUACAUUUCCAACCCCAUUUAUGAGAAUGGUUCUUCUGGGGAGGAUGAUGCUCAAGGAUCACCACCACCUUCACUUACGCCUCCUCUCACCCCUAUGAAGAAGCUCCCUGCACAAGGUUCUUCUGUUUCUCUUAGAGGUGCCACUUCCUUGGGCACUUCAGGCAGUGGUGGAGCCCCUUGUACUUCUUCUUCAUGGUGA